AUGGGGCUCGGCGGCAACAGCAUCCACAACAGCAGCAAACAGAGAAGAAGAUGGGGUCAAGAGAUGGAUAACUCUAUGGUAACCAAAGAAGCUCGCAAGAAACUAUCACAGCACCGGGUCCAGGGCAGCUGGAAGGCAAUGUUGGCCAGUGAGGAGAUGGACAGCAGAAGAAUCAUCCCAAGAAAGGGUCAAGUGUACGAGAUGUCACGUGAAGGAUGGGCCGGCUUGUGGAUAAGCGAAAUUAGCCUAAAAGGGGGCAAAACAAAACCGAAACGGCUAUUUGAAGCUUCUGUUCAGAUCCUCCACCUCCCUUGCGUGCGCUCUGGGAAAAUUUCCCACUUUGUUCAAAAGAGAGUCGUAUUUUGUCGUCCGACAACAAUGCCGCCAGUGGUGCCUGCAAGUGGUGGGGGUGGCAUGCAUGCUCCCUCGACCUUUGACAAGUAUUUUUUAUGUCGAUUGGAAGCGUUAUCCGAACAGAAGGACACCCCAACUCCUACCAAGUGUGGGCUAGAGCUCGAGGAGCUCCCAUGA